AUGGAGAGCCUCGCCGUCGAGCUCCUCAUGGCUAUCUUCGCAUUCGCGUGCACGGAUGGGGGCCGCACGGGAUGCUCGCUCGCUCUAGUGUGCAAGCAUUUCCGCGAGGUCUCCAGGCCGCUGCGCUUCCACUCUGUCGCCCUCACGGGUGCGCCGGACCAGCUCAAACGGUUCUUCGUUCUGUUCGAGCGAGAACGCGCUGAUCUGGGGUCGACUUCCGCAUCCAAAGUGCGCCACGCGUUCAUCAGGACAGUACGCCUGAAGGCCCUGCCGUUGGAUCAAGCUUCGUCCACGUCCGUGUCCGGGGAGACCACCCCCAGCGAAGAGGACGUCGAACACGGACAUGGUUGCGAAGACGACGAUGAUGUCGCAGCGCCGCGUACGCGCUUCGAGUACACUGAGCUCCUCUCUGCUUUGCUGCGCGCAAUCGCACCGACGCUCGAGACACUCGUCUUCCUUCCAUUGAACAUCACGCGCGACGUGGAGCCAUUGGAUCCGGGGAUAGUUUUCCCUGUAUUGCAUGAGCUCACGCUCGGGAGCCCGCUGUUGUAUUACACGUCCAAUAACCCCACGCCCCCCUUGCCACAGCGGGCGUAUCCCUCCCUCACGCGCCUGCAUCUACGGUCAAGUAUCCACGGACAACGAAGUGAUGACUGGGUGUAUCACGCCCCAGGCCUCACCCAUAUCUCGGUCUCUAGCGUGGGCUAUAGAACGCACGUACCAAGCUUCAAACUUUUCUUCGACAGAUCUGCGACUAGACCGGAGGAGCAGCCCUUCAAAAAGCUACAAACGCUGAUCAUUCACCUCUUCCAACCGCCAUCUGUACGGUUCUGUCACGGUACGCCGCUCCUGCGGUACGAGCGCAUGGUCGCCGAACUGUGGGAGUCGCAAGCCGAGGCGAUGGUACCCGUGUAUAUCUUCCCUCCGAAAAUGGAGGGGGAUUGGUCGGACGCGGGGGGCGCAUGGUACGGGGACGUUGACCGAGAGGCGUGGGAGGACCGCAUGCAGGGUGGAGAAGGCUGUUGGGGCGUCGAGAGUGAGUAUGCACGCAGCGCAUACAAGGCAAAGGAGGCGCCGGGUUACCUAGCCCCUUGGUGGCCUACCCGCCCCCGACCCCGAGGGCUGAGUGUACAUGGUUGA